ACCAUUCCCGAGACCUUGUGGUCUCUUCUGGGCCAUGGAAGGCAGUGACACCCCUGAGUCCUCCUGACUGGCAGCUCCGAAUACUGGCGGUCGCGCGUCAGUGCUGAAAAGCCCCUCCGUGCCUGCACAUUAGCUCGUGAAUUGGAAUGCCUGCCGAUGGUCUUCAUCAGGGGUGAUUCCUAAUGAAAAAAUACGAAAUAUUGGAAUCUCAGCUCACAUUGAUUCUGGGAAAACAACAUUAACAGAACGAGUCCUUUACUACACUGGCAGAAUUGCACAGAUGCAUGAGGUGAAAGGUAAAGAUGGAGUUGGUGCUGUCAUGGAUUCCAUGGAACUAGAGAGACAAAGAGGAAUCACUAUUCAGUCAGCGGCCACUUACACCAUGUGGAAAGAUGUCAAUAUUAACAUUAUAGAUACUCCUGGGCAUGUGGACUUCACAAUAGAAGUUGAAAGGGCCCUGAGAGUGUUGGAUGGUGCAGUCCUUGUUCUCUGUGCUGUUGGAGGGGUACAGUGCCAGACCAUGACUGUCAAUCGUCAGAUGAAACGCUACAACGUUCCAUUUCUAACUUUUAUUAACAAAUUGGACCGACUGGGCUCCAACCCAGCCAGGGCCCUGCAGCAAAUGAGGUCUAAACUAAAUCAUAAUGCAGCGUUUAUGCAGAUACCCAUUGGUUUGGAGGGUAAUUUUAAAGGUAUUAUAGAUCUUAUUGAGGAACGAGCCAUCUAUUUUGAUGGAGACUUUGGGCACUUCCUGAGGGAUUUCCUUCCUCUGCUAUGGAAUUGGGAUUGCAGGUCUGGCAGUCAGAUUGUUCGAUAUGGUGAGAUUCCAGCUGAAUUAAGGGCGGCGGCCACUGACCACCGGCAGGAGCUAAUUGAAUGUGUUGUCAAUUCAGAUGAACAGCUUGGUGAGAUGUUUCUGGAGGAAAAAAUCCCCUCGAUUUCUGAUUUAAAGAUAGCAAUUCGAAGAGCUACUCUGAAAAGAUCAUUUACUCCUGUAUUUUUGGGAAGCGCCCUGAAGAACAAAGGAGUUCAGCCUCUUUUAGAUGCUGUUUUAGAAUACCUCCCAAAUCCAUCUGAAGUCCAGAACUAUGCUAUUCUCAAUCAGGAGGAUGACUCAAAAGAGAAAACCAAAAUCCUAAUGAACUCCAGUAGAGACAAUUCCCACCCGUUUGUAGGCCUGGCUUUUAAACUGGAGGUAGGUCGAUUUGGACAAUUAACUUACGUUCGCAUUUACCAGGGAGAGCUAAAGAAGGGUGACACCAUCUAUAACACAAGGACAAGAAAGAAAGUACGGUUGCAACGGCUGACUCGCAUGCAUGCCGACAUGAUGGAGGAUGUUGAGGAAGUAUAUGCUGGAGACAUCUGUGCAUUGUUUGGCAUUGACUGUGCUAGUGGAGACACGUUCACAAACAAAGCCAACAGUGACCUUUCCAUGGAGUCAAUUCAUGUUCCUGAUCCUGUCAUUUCAAUAGCAAUGAAGCCUUCUAACAAGAACGAUCUGGAAAAGUUUUCAAAAGGUAUUGGCAGGUUUACAAGAGAAGAUCCCACAUUUAAAGUACACUUUGACACUGAGAACAAAGAGACAAUUGUAUCUGGAAUGGGAGAAUUACACCUGGAAAUCUAUGCUCAGAGGAUGGAAAGAGAAUAUGGCUGUCCUUGUAUCACAGGAAAGCCAAAAGUUGCCUUUCGAGAGACCAUUACUGCCCCUGUCCCGUUUGAGUUUACACAUAAAAAACAAUCAGGUGGUGCAGGCCAGUAUGGAAAAGUAAUAGGUGUCCUGGAGCCUCUGGACCCAGAGGACUACACUAAAUUGGAAUUUUCAGAUGAAACAUUCGGAUCAAAUAUUCCAAAGCAGUUUGUGCCUGCUGUAGAAAAGGGGUUUUUAGAUGCCUGCGAGAAGGGCCCUCUUUCUGGUCACAAGCUCUCUGGGCUCCGGUUUGUCCUGCAAGAUGGAGCACACCACAUGGUUGAUUCUAAUGAGAUCUCUUUCAUCCGAGCAGGAGAAGGUGCUCUUAAACAAGCCUUGGCAAAUGCAACAUUAUGUAUUCUUGAACCUAUUAUGGCUGUGGAAAUUGUAGGUCCAAAUGAAUUUCAGGGACAAGUAAUUGCAGGAAUUAACCGACGCCAUGGGGUAAUCACUGGGCAAGACGGAGUUGAGGACUAUUUUACACUGUAUGCAGAUGUCCCUCUAAAUGAUAUGUUUGGUUAUUCCACUGAACUUCGGUCAUGCACAGAGGGAAAGGGAGAAUACACAAUGGAGUACUGCAGGUAUCAGCCAUGUUUACCAUCCACACAAGAAGACAUCAUUAAUAAGUAUUUGGAAGCUACAGGUCAACUUCCUGUUAAAAAAGGAAAAGCCAAGAACUAACUUGCUUACUGUGAGUUGACUGACUUUAACUGAAUUUGUGUGGUCUUGAUACUUUGAUGGAUUCCAGUGGAAUAAAUUCAGGCUGCUGAAACAAGAAAUUCUGAGCCCAGGAAGCGGGCUCUUCUUUCUUCAAAAGAAGCCCUUCUUAUUCAUAUUCAGGAGCUUCUGUUAUAUUCAAAGGUAAUUCUAUGUCUAUCUCAAUUCUAUUGAUUGGUUUUAUAGUUUAUUGAAAAUCCUCAAAUAAAAUAUAAUUAUUACUGAAAUAUGUUUAAUAUUUAUUUAAGGGGAGAAGAGACUAAUUUCGGUUAUACUUUUAAGCUUAGAAUGUAUGUUCAUUUCCUUUUCAAAUUUUGUAUCAUAGGAGUUUACAACACAGAAAAGCUGAAAAAAUGCAAAGAACCACCACAUACUUUCCAUCUACCCUCCUUUGUUAACAGGUUGUUUAUCAUAUAAUGAUUUGUUUUGUCAUAUUUGCUUUCACUAUUAUCUGUUUAAGUCUCAUACCUCUGUAUUUUUAGUUUGCUGAAGACUUGAAAGUGAAUCGCAUACACCAUGACACUUCUUGGAGUGUCAUUAAUGGGCAGGCUUUUCUGUUGACGAGUGGGUUCCAUAUGAUCUUCAUAGAGAGAGUUUUUCAGAUUCUUCAUUGGGAUAUUAAAAUAUUAGCCAAAUUUCUCUCUGUUUUAUAUAUGUCUGAUUAUUUCAGUUUGUGGUUUCUGCAAAUUUGUAACUGCCUCUGUUUUAGGAGUGUAAGUAUUACUUCCUUGUGGUCUAUUGUGAAGUGAAAAGUAGACCCUUGCAUAUACUAUUCUUGUUUGUGCUCAUCUUAAUGUUUUUGUACACUUAAAUCAAAUGUAAGUUGGUUUCAUCAACCUAAUGAAUACUAGUUAAAUUUGAAUUCCUUGGAAUUUAUCAUAUAUUGUAUUCACUGAGAUUGCGAAGGAACAAAUGUUAAUCUUUUGUUUCCAGAAAAAGCUAGGCUUUCCCAAGCAGUUCUAUUACCCGGUUCAGAAUUGCUUCAUCCAAAAAUCAUCUGAUGGUGUAGAUGGAUCCUAGUCCUUUCCAUUACCUGAUGAUAGAAAUAAAAUAAUUGAUUUUAAA